AUGUGGUGUUUGGCGCUGCUCUUACCGCUGCUGUUGAUCGUUCAUGAUGUCACUUGCCAGUGGAAUAUUUGGUUACCUCGGGAUAUUUCAGCCAUGACAAACUCCUGUGUGGUCAUCCCAUGCAGCUUCAUGUAUCCAUCUGGAAUCAAGCCCAUUCGGGGCAUUCAUGGGAUCUGGUAUUUUGGCCAGCCCUACCCACAACUCUUCCCCCCUGUAGUCUUCAAAUCACUCACGGAUGUUGUGCACGAGAGCUACAAGGGUCGCACCAAGCUGCUGGGUGACCUGAACCAGAGGAACUGCACUCUGCUCAUUGGCAACAUUGGUGCAGAACACUCAGGGAGGUACUACUUCCGGGCGGACGUUGGUGGAGCCAACAAAUAUUCAUACCCAGACUUUGCUGAGCUCAAAGUUUUGGAUCAGCCCAGCAUUGACAUACCAGAGGAGAUUGUCAGUGACGAGAACCUGGAGCUGACGUGCUACGCUCCCGAUAACUGCCCUGACAUGACUCCAGAGAUACAGUGGAUGUACACCGAUUACUUGCCCGACCCGGAAUUCAGUACUGAAUAUGUGGAGGAGAGCAACACAGCAGUGAUUUCUAACACCCUCGUCUUCACACCCAGACCUAUGCACAAUGGGCAGCUGCUGGGUUGUAGGGUUUUCUACCCCAACACCACACUGGUCUAUGAGAGGCUCAUCACACUGGAUGUAAAGUACUCUCCACGAUCUGUGUGGGUGAACGUAUCCUCCGAGGUGAUGGAGAGCAGCUCUGUGACACUGCACUGUGAGGUGGACAGCAACCCCAUUUCCAGGAUCUCCUGGAUGUUCGAAGACAAGGAGCUGCUGUGGGACACAGCGUCCAACCUCACCCUCUCCCUGGAUGACGUCACUCCUGUGAACGAAGGGAUUUACACUUGUGUUGGAGAUAAUGGCUAUGGGAUUAUGAACACCUCUCUGUACCUGGCUGUCAAGUACCCUCCUCGUGAACCGGUGGUAAACGAAUCGAUGACAGUUGUUGAGGGCGCCUCGCUGGCUUUGCACUGCAGCACCCAGGGAAGUCCAGCUCCGACCCUCACUUGGCUAAGGGAUGGAGAGCUGGUGGGCACCAUCACUGCUGGCGACCUGUCAGUGCUGGAGAUUGCAGGAAUCACGCCGCAGGAGGACGGACAUUACCGCUGCCUGGCUGAGAACGAGCACGGACGAGUCAGCAGCUCCUUCAACAUCACUGUCGAGUAUGCCCCGGUCCUUCUAGAGGAGUCAAAGUGCACGGUGGUGAGGGAGGGAGUUCAGUGCGUCUGCAUAGCCACAGGAAACCCCGAACCCGUUAUUGAGUUUUACCUGCCGGACCUGAACAUCACCAUUAAUGAAACAGACGGCCGGUACAACUUCUACACACACACAGAUGGACACACAUCCACUGCCAUGAUCAAGCUGCGGGAGAAAGGUGAGCGGGCUGACAACAACGGACCAGCUGUGAACGUCCACUGCAGCAUGUCCAACACCUACGGAAGAGAGAGCGUGCUUUUGGAGCUACAGCAGGAAA